GAGUUAGUCGUGAAUUGUAUUCGAAGCAGUGCAAACUCAAAUCUGUGAAAAUGAAUUGGAAUAAAAGAAUACUCAACAUCGUAGUCAUCAUCUCGUUUCUUCUUGGUGUGGAAAGUCUUAAAUUUGAUGACGAAGCAGCACCGAGUCAACAAACAGUAGCGAACCUUUCAUCUCCGCCAUCACAAAUUAACGUGGAAGGUCGACAAAGUGCAAGACAUUUGUUUGACUUCGUUGGACUUGGUACAGGGGAACAAGUCGAUCCAUUUUUAAGAAAGACUAACGAAAAGUGCCUCAACGGUGAAUUAGCUGAAUGCUUCAAAUCACAAGCUCUAAAUUCUUUUGAUGAGCUCUUUAAACGAGAUGUUUAUGUUCUCACACCACAUGUUCGUGUGCUCCGAAUGCCCGAAACACAGCUGCGGUCGCUUGCUCAUGAGCCGUAUGAAUUCUCAAACGAAGCUAGACAAAUAUCAGAGAGUUACGAAUGGAAUGAUUUGAUACAAUUUGCACUGAGAAGAGCCGAAAGAUUUUUGAAGUCAAAUGUUAUUGAGUUGAAAAUACCAGAAGAAUAUACCGAAGGUGGUCGUUACUCUCCAAGAUUCGUUGAUGAAAUCUCUGAUGAACUCGACGUCAUUGAAGACAAACAUGCUCCGUUGUUUAGUAAGUCAUUGUUCACAAAACAUAAAAUCAAGAAGAUGUUCAUCCCAAUGCUUAUCAUUUUAAAACUGUUCAAGUUGAAGCUUCUUCUUUUCUUACCUUUCAUUUUGGGAUUGACUGGAUUGAAGAAAAUCCUUGGCUUGGCUGCUUUGGUUAUACCAGGUAUUAUAGGAUACUUCAAAUUAUGUCGACCCACGUCAGGAUUUAAUAAUCACAUUUACUCUGAGGGGCACAUUCCACAAUAUUCUUCAGCAGGAUUGGGUGGCGCCAGCUACAAUCCCUUGUACUCAAAGUAUUCAACAAAUCCUUAUCGACAGGACCCAAGCUUUUCGGCACCAUACAACAACUAUUAUAGAGACGCGUCAACCCAAAAUGUCGAAGGUGGCGUCAGAUUUGGUGACGACGCUCAAGAUUUAGCAUAUAGAAACAGCAAAGUAACUGCAUAAAUCGAUUCAAAGUUUUGUGAUGAACAUUUUAAUUUAAUUAAUUGAUAGUUUAUUUAUAAAUAAUAAAAGUAUACAUCGUUCUCAACCUUAA